GUAGAUCAUGGUAGAUCAUGGUAGGUCAUGGUAGAUCAUGGUAGGUCAUGGUAGAUCAUGGUAGAUCAUGGUAGGCCAUGGUAGGUCAUGGUAGGUCAUGGUAGAUCAUGGUAGAUCAUGCUAGGCCAUGGUAGAUCAUGGUAGAUCAUGCUAGGCCAUGGUGGAUCAUGGUAGGUCAUGGUAGAUCAUGGUAGGUAAUGGUACGUAUGUACCACAUAAUUUCACCGCGUGUAGCUUCAUCACUUCCCUCUUCUGCCUCGCGAAUCCCCCUCCACUGCUGAGCUGCAAUAUCUGCAUGAGGUGAUGCCAUGCACCCUGUCACAUGGUAUGGCAUGGCAUGGGGUGUCUUGGCAACUUGUGGCAUGGGAUGGCAUGGCAUGGAGUGGUAUGGCAACUUGUGGCGUGGUAUGGCACGGCCACAGAAAGCGAGUCGGGUCCUUUCAGGAGGUGGCUCAGGUUAAUUUCCAAGCUCGGACUCGCAACCAACUUCCUCGCGUCUGUUGCCAGUCAGGUCCCUCUUCCCCCUGCCGCUCCCUCCAGCCAUAUUAUUCUCCAGCCUGCCUCUACUGCUGCUGUGGGCGGCAGUGAGAGUGAGAGUGAGGAGAAAGCCGCAGGGAGGGACCGGUUAGCAUGCCUGCUUAUGCCCGCGCUGCUGGCGUCUCGCCUGCUCUCCAUCAACAUCACAGUUCUCUUCAGUGACCCGUCAUCUAUCUGGCUGCACAGCCCUCUCCCACACCUCCCCCCCUCCUUCUCAGUCCUCCUGCCCUCGACCACCCAUCCCUCCACACCCCCCUCUGUCAACACCACCACUCCUACCCCUCUCAACCGCUCCCUCAUCGGCUCUCUCACUCCCUGGCUGCUUCUGCUCCGCCCCUCCCCCCCCUCCUCCUCGCCCUCUCCCUCCUCUCUCUCCUGCACUCACUCCCUCACUCUUUCCUGGGGCCUACACGCAUUCAAAGCCCUUUCCAGAGUGCCUUCAAUCACAACCAACGUGGAGGGAGAGGGGGAGGGCGUGCGUCUUGCCUUGACAGUGGCUGUACAGAGUGCUUUGAACCAUGCUGUAUCACGAGUGGCGGAAGCAGUGCCAGGCGAGGCAGGGGGUGAAGGAAUUACAGUUGGGGUGUUGCCUGAAGGGUUAUUUCCCCCGAGCACGCUGGUGUGUGAAGACAGGCAUUGGCUGCAGCAGCACAGGGAGGAGGUGGUGGCAUUUCGUUAUAACUGUAGAGCUGGCACCAAGCACCGUGUGCCUCCAAGCUACUGAAGGGAUUCAGGUGAAUGUGCUCCUAAAGGGUAACAUUUCAUGCAGUGGCAUUAGUAGCAUGGAUUGGCGUAGCAUGAACAGGGUCCUCUUUUCAGAAAUCUCUAGUCUGAGCCAUCAGACACGGGUUUUGCUUUUUGUCUGAAAAUCUUGACACUUGUCUGAAUUUCAGACAAAACCAUACCGGUAGUAGAAAUUGUCAGCAAAUAUAAUUAUCUAGGCUAGCUAGUUUAUAUUUGUUAUAGCCUUAGUUAGGUCAGUUCUUAGAGGGUACAGUCCUACCUUUGUAAGUUGUAACCCUCGACAUUUUCCAUUAGCUUUAGCAUCUGGACAUUC